AGCUUGCGAACGCUGUAGUUUGAAGGCUGUCAUCUUUCGCUCUGUGUCGCUGACCUGAGCGCAGCGCGCUGAUGUGAGCAGAUGGAGGACAUCUUGGACUCAAUCGGUGAGCCAAAGGCAGACGCACCGCAGGCAGGGAUUGGACUGCUCACGGCGUUGUGCCUGUGCUUGUGUGUCACAAUUAUAGGCUCAUACGGGGUCUUUCAGAAGAGAAUAUCGUGGUUCAUCGACUUCCCCUCCUGGCUGCUGGUCGGUGCCCAGACCAUCUCUUUGGUCUUCCUGACGGAAGAGCCAAACAGGUUCUGCAACAACCCCACAGACGCUCCCGGAGGCUGCAAGCACGGCGAGCUGUUGAAGACGACUGAUUGCUCUCACGAGUUCAAGUCGGACACUACUUACACGGAUUAUUGGCGAAAGGAGAAGAAGCCAAGCCCUUCUGGAAUGAGUGAUUGUCGUGUGUGUGUGUGUGUGUGUGUUCGGCAGGUAUGACCCCGGCCGUUCGUCCAUCGUGUCUGAGUGGGGUCUGGGCUACUGCAGCAAGGGUCUCUUCGACGCGCAGUUCGCUUCCUCGUGUUUCUUCUUCGGAUUCCUUGUGGGCGUGUUCGGCAUCGGCUACCUCGCCGACCACCUGGGCAGAAAAACCGCCUACGUCAUCUCGCUCAUCUUCAUCCAGGUGUGUGGCGUCGGCAGCGCUUUCGCCCCUUCGUUCGUGGCGUUUGUGUGGCUGAGGUCCGGCACUGGUGUGGGGGUGGGGGGGCUCGGCCUGGCCAUCUGGAUCCUCAACACCGAGGUGGUUCGCUCUGACAAGCGGCCUUUGAUCACCAUCUUGGCGCACUCCCACUUCGCUAUUGGUGGCUGCGUGGUGGCCGUCAUGAGCUACCUCAUUACGUCUUGGCGGUGGCUGACUCUCGCCAUCGCUCUGCCCGGCUUCGCUCUUGUCUUCUGGCUGCUCGCGCCGGUCUUCGUCGAGUCACCGAGGUGGGCAGUGGCCAAGAAGGAGUACAAGAGGGCCUAUGACGCCCUCCGCACGAUAGCCGAUAUCAACGGCACCACAGUGCCUCCACAUAUCUCCCCCGCCUCCCUGCCCUCGCUGGUCAACGGCGAGAGCAACAGCGGCAACGACAACGGCACGCCCACCACCAGCAGUACUAGGCGAACGUCGUCCGUCGACUCGUCCACAACGCCCCCAGACUCCUUCUGGGACCUGCUGACGAUGCCGCCCGUGGCCGACCGGCUCUAUGUCAUGGUGCUCUUGUGGUUCAGCACCUCACUCGCAUACUACGGGCUCUCUCUCAACGCGGGAAAUCUGGGCCCCACGAGUCAGGUGACAACUUUUAUCAACGGUGCGCUGGAGGUACCGGCGAUAGCAUUUGGCGUGUGGGCGACCGACUGGCGGAGGUGUGGGGGGAGGAAAGGGGUGGUCAACGGGACGCUCAUCAUCGGGGGGCUGCUGUGCCUGCUGUGUGUGGUGCUGGAGAGUGGGGGCUGGGCCAUGGUUAUCGUCGCUGUGGCGGGAAGGUGCGCUGACGGACACACAGACAGACGUGUGGGGCCUGUGAUGCUAUGCAGGCCAAUAUGUGUGGCAUUGGUUGGUGUUUACUACUAUUCAGGUUUUUCGUUGCCAUGACGUUUGUGGAUCUUUAUCUGUAUGGCUCUGAGCUGUUCCCCUCGUCGCGUAAGCAACUCAUUUCCAUCCACUGUGCGUGCAUGGAUGGUGCUCUCUGCUCUCUGCUUCGCCCUUGUUGCUGGCAGUGAGGAGCUCAGCAGUCGGGAUGAUGAGCAUGGCCGCGCGAGUCGGAGGUCAGCACAUGCAUCAUUUAAGCACACACACACACACACACACGCACAUUCUCUGUGCUGUGUGUGCUGAUCCCUCAGGCAUUGCGGCCCCCCAGGUCGUCUCUCUCGGCGUGGCGUCUCCGGCCAUGCCGAAUUUUAUCUUUGGCAUGUCGUCAACGGUUGCUGGUCUGGCUGGUGCUGUUGGGCUGCCCGACACGCUGGGAAAACCCUUCUAUGACACUCUCAAGGACAUGCACAAGGACAUGACACGCGACAACACAGACGGCCUCACACAGGUAGGGUGGGUCGUGGGUCUCACGGGGGGCGCCCCAUCCGCCGGAAGAUGUGUCUGUGCUGGUGGUAAUAUCUAUCGGCUGUUUUUCUCGGCCGUGGUGUUUGUGUGAUUGGUCGCGCAGGGCAUCUUUCAGUCGUGUCUUUCGCGCAUCUGCUGCUGUGCGUCUCUGCGGCCCUACCGCCACCUCACCCCCGAGGCAGAAGACAGUGUGGUGGAGAUGACGAUAGUCCAGGACGAUGACAAUAGUGGCACGGCAGUCGACGCCCUGCACGCCGAUGACACCGACUUGACCUCCCGCCCGUCGUUCCCCUUCUAUCGCCACCUCUCGCCCCAGCUGCCGCCCGACAGCAACCGCACUAUGCGAGUCAUCGGCCGCUGUAGUGAGGUCGACAACGUGUCCCCACCAGCGGCCGGUGGGCGAGGGGAGGCCGCCAUUAUCGGGGCUGACGGCAUGAUGGACAGGCAAGACAGGACGAUGAACGGGCAUCAUGACGAUGACAGCGACCCCGACGACCGUGACGGCGAAGAUGUCAUGCGGCAAUAUGAGCGUCGGAAGGUCGAGGCGGCCCGGCGCAUACACAUGAUCGGGGAUUCGAGUGCGGCAUUGGGCGGCGGCAGCGGACACAAACCGAGGCCCCACCACUCCCACUCGCACCAUGAUCACCAUCACCAUCGCAGGCCGAUCACCGGCGAUGAAAGCUGCGGCAGCGACAGCACCCGCCCGACACGCAACCCGAUUAAACGCACUGAGGACGACAGCAGCCGCGGCGCCGAAGUGGACCCCGGUGUGGAUGGUGACGAAGAGGAUAACACUGAGGACGAAGGCACCGAUGACGACGAACCCACCGACAGGCAGAUGGGGCAGAGGAGACAGCAUAAGUAAGGUGCUCUGGAGGGAUUUUUCUCGUGUGUGUCGCGGGUCGGAUGUUUGUUCAUGGGUCAGAUAGUGGCUGAGUGUCGUGUCAGUCAUCUGUUUUUUGCGGCUUUGUGUGCAUGUGCGUGUGCGAGAGAGAAUGUGAGCCAACUGCAGCAUUUCAGUGUAUGUGUGUGUGUGGACAUUCAUUCGUUCCCGUCCGCCAUCAAUUCGGUGUGUUGAUAUAUAUGUAUCG